AUGCCCGAUGACAUGUCUAUGAUCCCGUACAAUGGGGGGAACCUUGAUGUUGUUCUCCGACACAACGACUCGGUGGUGAUCUUUGACCAUGACUCCCAGCAGCUGGUUCUACGGAAUGCUGCUGACGAUCAUAAUGGCAAUCUUGAGCUUGCAGACUGCCCGCUCUGUCAUCGCCCGAUGCGUGAGAGCAGCCGAGGGAGGCAUCGCGGAAGCGCUGACCCCGAAGCCGAAUUCAUCAAUCCGAACUACUUUCGCAUGCUCAACAACAGCUUGCCAAGCUCUGCAACAUCAUCCAGACCUCCUUCUCCACGUCGCCGUCUUGUUCAGCCUGCCCUCCCAGAUGGCCCCACCAGCGAGCCUACCUCUUCACAUUCUCCUCGCACCCCAACUCAGAACCAAGGCAUCUCAUCCGCAGCAUUCAGUCCCGACUAUUUCAAACGAUUCUUUGUGGAAGAGAGGCUACUGGGAAAAGGUGGAAAGGGCGUCGUUCUACUUGUGAAGCAUGUCCUGGACAAUGUCUCACUGGGACACUAUGCUUGCAAGCGUGUUCCGGUUGGUGAUGACCAUGAGUGGCUCGAGAAGGUUCUAGGCGAAGUCCAGUUGUUGCAGCAUUUGUCACACCAAAACCUUGUCUCCUAUCGUCAUGUGUGGCUGGAAAAUGCCAAAAUCAGCACCUUUGGUCCGAGUGUACCGUGUGCGUUCAUUCUACAGCAGUACUGCAAUGCUGGAGAUCUCCACAAUUACAUCUGUGGUUCCGUUCAGACUUCCACAACAGCGCAACAGCUGAAGGAGCGAAUUCGCCGAAGGUCAAAGGGGGCACCAGAGCCACAGGUUAAUAUAGGAGGCCCGCGGACGCUACAACUAGAGGAGAUCUACUCCUUUUUUCGAGACAUCGCGGCCGGGUUACGCCACUUGCAUAUGAAUGGUUAUAUCCAUCGUGACUUAAAACCCAACAACUGUCUUCUCCACGAGACAAGUGACGGCAUUCGAGUGUUGGUCAGCGACUUUGGCGAAGUUCAAGCGCAGGACGCGAUGCGCAAAUCUACUGGUGCGACAGGAACCGUCUCCUACUGUGCCCCUGAGGUGCUUCGGCAGGAGUACCCAGACGGGCCGUUUGGAAACUUUACUUUCAAAUCCGACAUUUUCUCUUUGGGGAUGAUACUUUAUUUUCUCUGCUUUGCUGAACUGCCAUAUGGCAGUGCUGACGUGAUUAACGAGGAGAAUGAGGAUUUGGAUCAGCUUCGUGAUGAGAUCACGCAUUGGACUGGCUUUGACAACGGGCGAAGACUGCGCCCUGAUCUUCCCACCAAACUUUACUCAUUCCUGGAUCAAUUGCUUUCGGUUGAUCCGGCCCGGCGACCUACUGCCGACGAAGUAUUAACUGGUAUUCAAUCCAGCGCAAAUAAUAAUGAUCACUUUCGGGUCAAACGAACCAGCUCGGUCUCAGCAAAUCCUGACCUGCCGGGUGGUGCCCGGAUUCGACCCGUUGAUAGUCCAGGCCUUCAACCAACAAUGGACAGAGCCCUCUCACCCACCAAGCGCAAAAUAUCUCGAAAUCCAAUGAGUUUCCGACGCGACUCGAUCUUUGAUUCAAGCUCUGCCUCUAGUAGCACUCCAGGAUCAGAAACAGUGUUAGAUGGUCGUCCGUCGCUAAGUCCAGAUCGCGACUUAGUGGUUCAUCAACGAUAUUCGCCCUCGUCGACUUCACCCAUAUCCCCGCCGACAUCUCCAACAAGGCACAACCAUCAACUACUGCAAUCAAUAAGCCCACAGGAUCAGUCAUUUCCGCCUCGGCAACUACUUCCACCACCGCCUCGCCAAUAUGGAAUGCUGAGUAUGCUGAGGACACCUACGGCCUCGUCUUCUUCUCUUCAAUUCUCUUUAUUUGUGAUCAAGCUCGUCACGGUCCUCAAUCCUUGCUCCCCCUCCAUUGCACAACCCUGGAUCUUGUAUCCUCUUCUCCUAUUCGGUGCACUCACACUGAAGCUGUAUGACAUUCGCUUACAGGCCUUAGCUCUUUUUAUCCAUGUGGUGGUGGUUGCUUGUGCCAGAAAAGCUGAGAUUCUUUGCUUCCUGUGA